AUAAACUGUCCACAUGACCGUUAUCUUGUUGUUGUUGUUGUUGUUGUUGUUGUUGUCAUCCUGCAGCUGCACACGGACACGGACCGGGGUGACGGCCACACUAAGUACCUGCUGGAGGGGGAGGGCGUGGGCUCGGUGUUUGUGAUCGACGGGAACACCGGGAACAUCCAUGUGACCAAGUCUCUGGACCGCGAGGAGAAGGACGAGUACCGGCUCACCGCCACGGCUAUGGACCACCAGACGGGCCGGGCUCUGGAGCCGUCGUCCCAGUUCAUCAUCCGGGUCCAGGACAUCAACGACAACCCCCCCGUCUUCCCCGAUGCCCCCUACCUGGCCAUGGUCCCGGAGAUGGCCAACAUAGGAACGUCUAUAAUCCAGGUGACGGCGCGGGAUGCUGACGACCCGACGUAUGGAAGAAGCGCCCAGCUGGUGUACUCCAUCACACAGGGACAGGACUUCUUCUCCGUGGAUCCCCAGACAGGCGUUCUGCGGACCGCUGUGCCCGACAUGGACAGGGAAACCCGGGAUGAAUAUGUGGUGGAGCUGCAGGCCAGAGAUAUGGGGGGGCAUCAGGGGGGCCUGUCAGGGACGACCACCAUCACUGUCAGGCUGAGCGACGUCAACGACAACCCCCCCCACUUCAGGAGGAGCUCCUGGUCCUUCUCGGUGUCGGAGCUGGCGGCCCCGGGGGUGGAGGUGGGUCGGCUGACAGCCUCGGACCCUGAUUUGGGGGAGAACGCCAUUCUGGAGUUCACCAUCCUGGACACUGAGGAGGGGGGGAUCUUCAACAUCUCAGGGAGGGAGCAGGAGGCCAUCGUCACGCUCAACAAGCUGCUGGACUACGAGACCCGUAACUCGUACACCUUCUCAGUGGAGGUGACCAACCCCCUGCUGGACCCCCGGUUCCUGAGGAAGGGCCCCUUCAAGGACCAGGCCACUGUGAGGGUCUCGGUGCUGAACGCUGACGAGCCCCCCCGCUUCUCCCAGACCCGAUACCACCUGGACGUGUCGGAAAACUGUCCCCCCAUCUGCUCCGUGGGGCGGGUCAGUGCCGUGGACCCCGACACCGGGCAGAGCUCCAACAUUAGGUUCUCCAUCGACCCUCAGUCGGACCCGGCGGCUUUGUUCAGGAUCUCCUCAGAGUCGGGCUUCAUUAGCACCGUGAUGGAGCUGGACCGCGAGCAGGAGCAGUGGCACAACGUCACCGUCAUCGCCACGCAGCGCGACAAUCCCGAACUGGUGUCCCGGAUCGUGGUUGCCAUAGAGACGCUGGACCAGAACGACAACGCUCCGGAGCUGGACCGACUGUACUCCACCUCCGUCUGCGACUCCAGCCCCCCCGGACAAGUGAUCCAGGUCCUGAGAGCUCUGGACAGAGACCAGGGGGGACAAGAUGUCCCGAUCCACUUCAGCUUCCCCACCGAGUCCAGCAUGGCCCUGAACCUGAGCCUCAGGGAGAGUGGAGGUGAGACAGCCAGCCUGGUGCUCCAGUCACCCCUGCAGACCCUCCCUGGCUCCCACCCCCCCCUGCUGGUUCCAGUGGUGUUGCGUGACGGGGCGUCCGGCCUCACCCACACCAGCACGGUGACGGUCACCGUGUGUCGCUGCCUGCAGGGGGGCAUGCAUACGGAGGAGCGGGGGCUGGGGGGUGGGUGGGAGAAACACACAGUGUGCCUCCCCCUGAACUCCCCCUCACCCUCCCUCAUCUUCAGCCUGGUCACCUUCCUCGCCAUGCUGGCCUGCGUCACCACACUGCUGGUGAUGUGUGCGCUCUCGCUGUCAUUGCGCCAUCAGAAGCGAGACCCCCGCUCCCCCUUCGAGGAGGACGAUGUCAGGGAGAACAUCAUAUCCUACGAUGACGAGGGGGGGGGCGAGGCUGACACGGCAGCCUUUGACAUCACAGCGCUGCAGAGCCUGCAGAGGGUGCCCCCCCGGAGCAUAUGGUACACGCAGCCAAACCCUGCCAGGUCCCGGACGUACAGCUGGAGUCGGCCCCCACGCCCCGGCCUGAUCCCCCUCCAGAGGCCUGGCUCGGCCCCCAUGUACGGCCCGCUCUGCCUCGGACUCCACACCCUGCCCGUCCUCAGGGACCACCCAGCAGGGGGGGCGCUGGAGCGGGGGCUGCUGCUUGCACAGCUGACCUCCGGGUUCAACGGCGGCUACAGCUUCCCGGGGAUCCAGAACCAGAGACCCUUCCAGUCCCUGCUCUCUCCUGGGGGGGGCUUGGCUGGUUAUGGAUCAGAGAGUCUGCUGCAGAAGGUCCCCGAUAGACGAGAGUGGGGGGGGACUGUUGACCUUCAAGAGAAGCAGGAUCUCGCAAAGGUGAGAUCAUACUGA